GCGUGUAUGAACCUGAUGCAGUGGUUAAUUGUCUUGUUGGGAUGCAGAUGAAGCAGCUGGAAGCCACACAGAGGAUCUCUUCCUGCGUUCAUCCAGCUUAGUCCUCCCACCUCUAGUUUCGUACCUAAAUGUUUUGAUUUUGAAUGUACUCCAUCUGUUUCACCGUGACAAUUUUCAUCUCAUGGUAGCUAUCCAUUGACGUAAUCAAGACUGCAAUUCACUUUUCCCACUGUUGCUUUUGCUUUUAGAACUUGGGAGGAAAAAAUGAAUUGGCUACAACAUUUCUUUCAUACAUGUUAUUCUCUUCAUCUCAUUAACAUAAAUUCCAUUCUAGCUCCAUGAACACAACAUUGCAGAGCCUUUACUUUGCUACUGAUGCAACUUCAGAGCAAAUAGCACCUUACACCAAGUAGUUUGCAACUUGUGUCACUAUACUAGGUUAUGCAAGAGUUUUCACUCUGCACCAUGUUCUGCUCAGUAAUAUUGCACUUUGCACCAUGUCCGGCAAAAAAACAUAUUAAUUUUUCUUUUUGAAAAGAUUAACAUGAGCAUAUGAACUUGGGAAACUGAAUUUUCAUGUAUCUGCAAGACAUCUAGUUUAGACAGGAGUCAUUAUAUGAAUCACUUAGUUUGAGUUAUAUGCAUUAUUUAAAUAAGAUGGUAAAAUAAAUUGUAAAAUGGGAGAGUUAAUGCUGUAACUUUUUAGCUUUAAGUAACCGCUUUUUAUGAGUUUCUUCUGUCUCCUACAUUUAUUUUGGACUCUUAUGUCCAUGUACAUGUCGAGAACAUGACAGUUGGGUGCAUUUGAUAUUAAUCUUACUAUAAUUUUGUCUCCAAAUCAUCUUCACAAAAUAUCUAAGGUAUCUUCACAAGAUGGUGUUUGGUACAUGCAUGUGCUCAUGUGGCACCAAAUGUACCGGACUUCACUUCACACACUAAGAAUUAGAUCUUUGUUCACUGACAAGCACAUGCCAUGUAAACUAAGUUAUGUUCAACUUGUUUCUUAAUUAAAAUGUGUUUGUGCUUAACUUUAUUACAUGUGCAUGUCUAAUAAAUUCGAUUCCAUUCCAGGUACAUCUCAAGAUGUACUAAAACUAUGAAAGGGUUAGAAGUCAACCAUAAAACUCAUAAUAGGAGUUAACUACCAUAUUUGUGCAUGUCUAAUAAAUUCGAUUAUGUUUCAGGUACAUCUUAAGGUGUACUCCUCUGACCCCAUUUACAUGGUGCACACAUGUUCCGAGGUCCAACUUUGACCAUUAAUUUGACUAGCAAAACUUGGGCUCUGUAUUACAACAAUUAUACAAUUCAAUCCAUAUUAAAGAGUAAUUUCCAGUGGUAUAAUUUUUAUGAUAUUUAAUCAGCACAUCAUAGAUUAAAAAAAUGAUGGUCAAAGUUUAAUCGCGACGAGGGUGCGAUGUAAAUAGAGACGCAUGGAAUACUAAAACGACGAAAGGGGUAGAAGUCAACCAAAACUCAUAUAUCUCGCUUACAUAAGAAUGGCAAUGCUUCAAUUAUUUAGUUUCAAAGAGAAAUCCUUUGCCUGAUGCAUGCUUCAUGACAAAAAGAAAGUGGACUAUUUAUGAGUGAUUUUCUUCAGGUAAAAUUUUGUAUUACAGAGCCCCCCCCCCCCCCCCCCCCCUGUAUAGGCUUGUAUACAAAUAUAUUUUUGUGCAAUCUAGCAUAACUAUUUAUACUUAGUUGAGUUUGAUAACUAUUUAUACUUAGUUGAGUUCGAUCCUUGAACUAUCUUAUUUCUUAAAUCAGGCCCUCAUAAUGGUCUGAUUUUGACUAUUAACAGGUUGAUAGGGUAGUUAAACCUUGCCACAUAGGACUACCAACUAGUCAGCAAUUCACUAUGUGCACAAGAACCGGUCAAGUUUACUGUCUGGGACUCGCCGGCCUCCCCUACAGUUUUCAGAUCGAAAAGAGAUCUGGUCAGAGUGAGAAUUAGGUGGUAGGAUUGGCCCAACUAAGAAGAGGGGUCUAGGCUCCUCCUUCAGUUGUAAUCUCUCCUGAAAAGAUGCUUCAAUUAUCUAACUGUACAAGAAAUAUCGUUCAAGAUCUUCGCAUUUUGCAUGUUCAAGAUAUGCAAAGCUACUGCUGCAAAGAAAGACUUCUAUGAAGAACCGGUGCUGCUCUACAUUGAGAACUUAAAAUCGUUUUUAUUGAGACAGUCUUAUUGAUCACUGGUUUUUCAGUCACCCAGCCACCACCAACUGGCUUCAUCAAUUGAACUGGGUGGACUAGUUGGCUUCAGUGGUGGAACCUGGUAUUUAGUAGGUAUGCUGCAUGUAUAUGUAUACGUGGGCUACAAAAAAUGAGAACUUCACCCAUGUGUUCUUGGUACGUUCUUUAGAGCUUGCAAUCUCAUAUGCUAGCCCAAUCUGCAUUGCCAACCCAAAUUUCCAGGGUCCAACGGUCUAACACUCACUGUUGAUGCUUAGGGCAUGUUUUCAUAGCCACACCUUGUCGAAGUUUGCCAGAGGUAUGGCAGUUCGGAAGGGUACACUUUAUUUGUACUGCUACAACUGUGGCAUGCGACACUUCCUUUGCAGCAUACCCCACUUGUUAUAAUCUCUUCGGAGUACCUACCUAUCGUGGCUAUGUGCGGGGGCCCCAGGAACCCUAGUUAUUCAUAGGUCGAUGUGGUCAUCAUACAUUUGUAUGGUAUACCUCCUCAUAGUUUAGGACUACCCAUCAACACCGUUUAUACUUGUCAUAGUUUAGUAGAUAAAGCGUAGCUUAAGUCAGGUAGGAAAAGUUUUUCCUCUGAACAUUCUCUCUUGUGUUCAGCCUGUAAUGUAAAAGCAGCAAGAAGAAAACCUUAAGCUUCUUUUGGCAACAUGAUUUCCAAUCACUCAAAUGCUAGUAAUGCCUCAGAAACUUAAGCUAUCUGCUAUCUAAAUACUGAACUGCCACCUGUGCUAUGUAUUCUCUAAUAUUGAACUUCAUAAUGUUCGAUUGUUGUCUUGUUGCUGCCCUGCCUCGGCACUUUUUUGCAAGUUUGACCAUUGUUUGACACUUGUUUGUUGUUGGCUGUUGCUACAUGGAAAAUGGAGCUUGGGGUCCAGAUCAAUGCUUCAAACCUGCAAAGGGCAUCAGCAAUUCAGCAUUAGAAGUUGGCGACUUGGAGGUUUGGAGCUGCUUCGGUAUGAUCAGGGAAAGAGGGCAGCAAGGAACCAAAGCUGCCAUGGAGGACUAUAGUGUGAGGAUGGGUUUUGUGGAUGAUUAUAUUUGUGCUAUUUGUGAUGAGGGUGGCGACUUGAUAUGUUGUGAUGGUGACUGUGGGAGGUCAUUCCACCCAACCAAACCUACUGGUGAAGCUUCUCAUUGCGACACUCUUGGUCUGAGUGAAGAACAACUGUUUCUGUGCGAAAAUUGUGAGUCUAAGAAGCACCAGUGCUUUGUUUGCGGAGAGUUGGGAUCUUCAGACCAAGGAGGAGGCGGACAGGUCAUCAUACAGUGCAAUAAAAGGGGCUGUAAGCGCUUUUACCACCCUGAAUGUCUUCCACUGGACAUCAAUAAUUUGCCAGGGGAUUCAUGCCCUAUGCAUGAAUGCUACUCGUGCAAGAAAAAACAUGCAACAUCAAAGGGUAACAAAACAACAGGAAAAACAAAGGGAAAAGAAACGUGCAGGAAAAAACAUGCAACGUCGGAGGGUAAUAAAACAAGAGGAAAAUCAAAGGGAAGGGGAACGUGGGAAAUGGACUUGGUGCUAUGCAGGCGCUGCCCCAAAGCAUUUCAUCGGAAGUGCUUGCCAAGGAAAAUCUAUGGCGGUGAAGGUGAAAUACAGAGGAUAUGGGAGACUGCGGGUGGGACUGUGUUCUAUUGCAGGGAUCAUGAGAUGGUAGAAAAUCUCAGAAGUGCAAAGAGGAACCGUAUUAAGUUUCGAGAAGAAAAACCUAAAGGUGCGGCUGAAAAUCAAAGUGUUGAGGAUGGGAACAAGUGAAGUAUUCCUGUUGCGAAAAAUAUGGCCGGACCUGUGGUGGCCUCCCUCCAUGAUUUAUCUUCCAACUUGUUGGAGAAAGGAAGCUUGUCUUGGGCUCUCGGCGAAUCGCAAAGAGUGAAGUGAAAACUUUGGUGUCGUCUAUGACAGACAACAUUUAUCUGCAGUCUUGCAUCAUUCAUGUGUUGAUGUGUUGAUGUGGUUUAUGUCCGGUGACCGUGAAACCGCUUUUGUGUGUAGCUUGACAUUGUUAUUUCUUACAUUGCCAGAAUUUGGACAUUAAUCAGGUAGUAUGAACCGCCAUUAAGACGACGCAGAUGCGAGUCAUCAUGAUAGAAAUGUGCUGGCAUGUCACCGGCAGGGGUCUUUCCUCCCCUUGCCCUUAUCUGGUUGGUGCUUCUAAUGCUAGUUUCAUUUGGUU